AUGAAGACAACUUUCAAGACUCGAGAUGGCUUGUAUGAGUGGAUGGUCAUGCCAUUUGACAUUUCCAAUGCCCUUAGCACAUUCAUGUGGAUUAUGAAUCAGGUAUUGAGGCCUUUUGUGACUAAGUUUGUGGUUGUUUACUUUGAUGAUAUACUGAUUUAUAACAAGAUAGAAGAGGAGCACUUGUUGCAUCUGCGGGUUGUCUUGGCAGUUUUUUCAGAGGGAGUUCAUGUGGAUGAAGACAAGGUUAGGGCAAUUAGAGAGUGGAAAGCUCCUAAAAAUGUGAGUGAGGUUCACAGUUUUCAUGGACUUGCUACAUUUUAUGGGAGGUUUAUCAAAAAUUUCAGCACUAUCGCCAACCCUAUUAUUGAGUGCUCGAAGAAGGUGUUAGCAUUGCCUAGCUUUGAGAAGCCAUUUGAGGUGGAGUGUGAUGCAAGUGGUACAGGGAUUGGAGUUGUGGAGAGUGGGCAUCCAAGGUGGACUGCAUUUUUGCAGAAGUUUCCAUUUGUGAUCAAACACAAAUCUGGAGCUUUCAAUCGUGUGGCUGAUGCGUUGAGUAGGCGAGCAACAUUGUUGGUUUUAGUUAGCCAUAAAGUGGUUGGGUUUGAGAUGCUGAAGGAGUUAUAUACAGAGGAUAAUGAUCUUAAGGAGAUUUGGGAGAGAUGUCAAAUGAGGCAGAAUUCUAUGGGGGAUUUUUACAUUCAUGAAGGUUAUCUAUUCUUUACUAAUAGACUUUGUAUCCCCCGCACAUCUUUGCGUGAGAAGCUGAUUAAAGAAUUGCAUAGAGGUGGUCUUAGUGGGCACUUGGGUAGAGACAAGACCAUGACCAGUGUGGAGAAGAGGUUUUCAACGAUGGUACAUUUUCUACCUUGUAGGAAGACAUUGGAUGCAUCCCACAUUGCACGGUUGUUUUUCACAGAAAUUAAGCGGCUUGAUACAUCUUUGAACUUUAGUAGCACUGCACAUCCUCAGACUGAUGGGCAGACAGAGGUGGUGAACAGGUCACUAGGCAUCCUAAUUUGUAGUAUUUGUGGUGAUAGACCAAAGCAGUGGGAUAAUGCCAUUGCUCAGGUAGAGUUUGCUUAUAACAAUGUUGUCCAUAGUGCUACUGGUAAGUCUCCAUUUUCACUAAUUUACACACAGGUUCCUAGACAUGUCGUGGACUUAGUGGGGCUUCCAGAUGCUCCUGGAGUUAGUGUGCCUGCAGGUAGUUUUGCUAAGGAUUCUCAGGCCAUUCAAGCUGAGGUCAAGAAAAAGUUAGAGGCGACUAAUGCAAAGUAUAAGGCUGCUGCAGAUAAGCACAAGCGUGCUAAAUUGUUUCAAGAGGGUGAUACGGUUAUGAUGUUCUUGCGGAAUGAGCGUUUUCCAGUAGGCACCUACAACAAAUUGAAGUUUAAGAAGUAUGGCCCUUUUAAGGUUUUGAAGAAGAUCAAUGACAAUGCUUAUGUGAUAGACCUACCAAUUCAUAUGGAGUGUUGUUGA